AUGGUAUCAUGCUACCAUGAUUAUGACGACGAUAUAUUUGGUAAUGACCUGGAUUUUGGUAUUGAUGGGAACGAGGGGGAAGAUGAAUCUUUUGAGGAUGCUGAAGAAGAUGAUGAUGAUUCAGAUUCAGAUUAUAGCAGUGGACUAGAUGAUGAUGAUGAUUCUGAUGAUGAAAUGGAUACUGAUGAAGAUGAAUGUUUUAUUGAAAUUGAUAACAAUAUGGAUAAUAAUGGUGAUGGUGGUAGCGAGAGGAAUGUUGAUAGUGAGCUUCUUGAUCUUAUACUCACCUUCAAUGAUGAGAGCGAUGAUGAAAAUGUGUCUGAUGAUGAUGAUGGUAAUUAG